CAGAAUCUGUCCCUUGAAAAGCCGAAGAAGACAAAAUCGGGAAAGAUUUGGGGCCACUCUCGCACACUGUCCCGUGUGGAGGCUCUUGGAAUGCCUAUUCGUGGGAUUACCAAAUCGCUGUCCUCCAGUCACCUGAGCAGCUCGGCUCACCUGGGCACAUCGGUGCCCUCCAUCCCCGACUACGUCUACUCCCAGCUGUCCCCCCCCACCGUCAUGUCACCCGAGGGCAAGAAGAUCCAGCAGGACAUCUGCGCCAUGUCGCAUCGAGUGUUUGCCUCGCUGAAAUCGGUGCAUGAGACUCUGUCUCUGGAGAGACAGAAGCUGCAGGAAGUGUGUGAAACCAACAACAUCCACCCGUCGAACACCUUAGCUGUGCCCGCCACGCCCCACCGGCCGCCCUCGGUUACGGAUUCGGCCGCGGAGUACUUUGACGCGAGCGACGACGUCCUCUGUGGGAGCUCCUCCGAGGUGUCUGACGAAUCGGGACUGAGUGAUGGAAGCACCACCAACUCAGAGCCUGAGGAGGGACACGCCUCUGCAACUCGGAAGUACCGAGCGAGCAUCUCCAGGGCUCCAAACAGCGCCGUCCCUAAGAGCACCGGGCGGCGCACCACGCUGCCCGCCCACUGCCCGGAUAACAGCCACGUGGGCCUGAUGGCCAUCCUCUACAACAACAUAGGUAAGGACCUGGCCCGGGUUUCCAUGCCGGCGGCCCUAAAUGAGCCGGUGAACCUGCUGCAGAGACUUUGUGAGGAGCUGGAGUACAGCGACCUGCUGGACACCGCCAACAACACGCCAGACCCCUACCAGAGGAUGGUUUACGUUGCUGCCUUCGCUAUUUCCGGCUACGCCACGGCGACAUUUCGAAACCGCUACAAGCCCUUCAACCCGGUGCUGGGGGAGACCUACGAGUGCAUCAGGGAGGAUCGAGGGUUCCACUUCGUCAGCGAGCAGGUCUGCCACCAUCCACCCAUCUCUGCCUGCCAUGCUCACUCAGAAAACUUCCUUUUUUGGCAAGACCAACGAUGGAAAAAUAGGUUCUGGGGGAAGUCACUGGAAAUUGUGCCAACAGGAAUGGUCAAUGUGACUUUACCGAGGUAUGGAGAUCACUAUGAGUGGAACAAAGUGGUGACCUGCAUCCAUAACGUGCUCAGCCAGCAGCGGUAUCUGGAGCACUACGGAGAGGUCAUCAUCCAGAACCUGAAGAACAACGUCUGCACCUGCAAGAUUACGUUUGUGAAGUCUCGUUACUGGGGCUCAGAAACGAACAAGAACGAGGUCCAGGGCACCGUGACCGACCAGAGCGGGAACAUCAUCCACCGGUUCGGAGGCCUUUGGCACGAGGGCAUCUUCUGCGACACUCUGCCCACUCCCAAAUGCAUCUGGAAGCCCAAUCCCCCGCCGAAGGAUCACCUGAUCUAUUACGGCUUCUCCACAUUCGCCAUGGAGCUGAACGAGCUCACCCCGGACCUGAAGCCCCUCCUGCCCCCCACCGACAGCCGCCUGCGCCCUGACCAGAGAAUGCUGGAGGAGGGGAAAGUGGCAGAGGCGGACAAAAAGAAAGACGAGAUAGAGGAGUUUCAGAGGGAGCGGAGAAAAGAGCUCUCCAAAAGGGGGGAGGACCACGUCCCCCGUUUUUUCAAGAAAGCCAAAGAUUCCUGUGGACGGGACGUGUGGCUGACUAACAGGACUUACUGGGAGCUCAGAGAGAAGCCGGGUUUUGCUCACGUCAACAAUCUAACUCUGUGGUGAUUAGCUGAGCUGAGACACGGGCAGAAGAAAGCCGGCUGAAAAUGGCUGAUAGUGGGAACGGCAUUCAUGACCCGCUCUGGGAGAGUGGAGACGGUGCCCCCCCCCCCCCCCCCUGCACCCCCCAUGACUGGCUCAUGGGAAACCUGCAGCAUGGCAGUUACCCAGUCAGGGGAAACAGCAGAAAAUGCUUUUCUUAAUCAUUCGCUGUUGUACUUUGUAGGUUAGCUCGGUUUUGGCAAAAGCCGAAGCUGUAAUUGGUCAGAGGCCGACUGUAUUAGCGCGAUAUGUGUAAACCUUUGAUGACGUCCACCGAUCGGUUCACCCGGCUGUGUUUAUUCUCUGGAUUCUGUCUCAUAGUCAGGUUUGGAUUGUUCCAAACCAACUUCUAAUGUUGCUAUGUAACUUUAAGAAACGCAAACACUUUGACCAGCCGUCUAGUGAAGAAGAGGAGAAUGUAUCUUUACUUUAAAAUCUGUUUUCCACUGCUUCAAAGUGACCAAACACUUCCUGCAUUGUUACCUUUGUUCUCGAGGAAUUGUGCAUUUAAUUAACUACGUUGACUUUAAAUAAUUCAUAAUAAAGCUUGGAGCCAACUCUCUUGCACAGGAAUUAGCUGCUAAAGGUGUACGAAGAUUGAAAUACUUGGCUCAACAUGUAUGACUUUCUUAUUUAAAUAAAUUAAUAGGAUGGAAAUGAAUUAUUUCUGGCUACCAAAGUUUGAUGUUUAUCAUUAAAAUCUUUCAUUUUGAUUGAAAUACUCAAAUGCAAACAUAGAACAUUUGAGGGCAUUACGUCUCUAGACAAGAUUAGAAAUGUUGUUAAUUAGUUGUAAUUGACAUUAUCAUUUCAGACCAAUAAUAUUGGUCCGUCACCUGUAGAUUUUCAACUUGUAGGUUUGUUAAAAAGAGGCAAAGGCAGGGUGUUUCCUUAUUACAUUUUGUUAACUAGUUUGCUAAGCACAGUAAAAUCAACAAUCAGGGUCCUUUUUUCCAUAAAGCAACAUAUUUAUGUGUACCUGUUGAAUGAAUAUUAGAGGCCAAAAUAUCAGCAUAUAUUGGUAUUUCUUACCCUGCAAAGGUUUGUACCCGUUUUGGCUCCAAAAAUCCAGUUAUAAUUGGGUUUUUCAGAAAAUCAAUAGUUUAAUUUAGCAGUGUAUUUUGGUGCAUAUGACAGUACCCAUCAGUUUGGAGAUAUACACAUUCUGUUUCUGCAUAUUUAUACAGAACAUUAAAGUGGUCCCAUCAUAAGUGUGUUUAUUAAAUUCAAAAGGGAUUUAUAAUGAUAGUAUAUAACUAUGUUCAUUUGUUUUUUUCAGCUUACUUUGCACUCUGGGAAAAAAAAAAAACUGAAUUAGCCUUUAUUUCUACUGAAAUUAAAAUAAAGGAGCAC